CCUUCACUUUGAUUAGAACCAAAAUGGCCUCACGUUUGCUAUAGUCCCAGACGUCUUUACCAUCUCCACUCGCUCAUUCUCAUAACCAUGGCGUCUGGCAGUGCAAUGAGCAAGGUCUCCUGCGGGAGAGAUUUGGAUUGUAUACCUGAAGUAACGGAUACCGUAGCUGCUGUGGCAAAACUUGGAUUUGACUUCCUCUGCAUGCCCCUGUUCCAUCCAAGGUUCAAAAGGGAAUAUGAACUGGAACCUGCCAAGUCCCGAGCAGGGGCUCAAACCCGCUCAGACCUGCUGCUGUGUGCAAGAGACUGGAACACACUAAUAGUUGGAAAGUUAUCUCCAUGGAUAGAGGUAGACUCAGAGCUGGCGACCGUGCGCAGGAACUCUGAAGCAGCUAUGGUUCAGGAGCUGAAUUUCUGUGCUUAUCUGGGCCUACCAGCCUUCAUGAUUCCUAUGAGAACGCCUCACUGUGCCAACCUGGCGCGUGUGCUACUCAACCACCUCCAUACAGGACACCACUCCUCCAUGUUUUGGAUACGAGUGCCUCUGAUGGAUACAGAGGAUGUCCGUGAUGACCUCAUCGAGAAUGAGCCAUCCAAAAACAUGGAUGAUGGCAGCAAUGACGAGAAAACCUGGGGCUGGUGGCAUUCCUUCAGAACACUCUGUGACUAUAACAAGCGGAUCUGCUUAGCUAUUGAGAUUGGUGCUGACGUGCCCUCUGAUACGGUUGUUGACAAGUGGCUUGGUGAACCAAUCAAAGCAGCCAUUCUACCAACCAGCAUCUUCCUGACCAACAAAAAAGGGUUUCCUGUCCUCUCAAAGGCUCACCAGCGAAUCAUCUGCCGACUCUUCAGGCUGGAGGCUCAGUUCAUCUUCAAUGGGACAAGUCGGCACAGCGAGAAAGACUUCCGCUCAUAUUUGCAGUACCUGGAGUACCUCAACCAGAACCGCCCGGGACCCAACGCUUACGAUAUGUAUGCUAAGGGAUAUGAAGAUUACCUGCAGUCCCCACUACAGCCUCUAAUGGACAACUUGGAGGCACAGACGUACGAGGUGUUCGAGAAAGAUCCCAUUAAAUACUCACAAUACCAACAGGCAGUGUAUAAGUGCUUGUUAGACAGAGUACCAGAAGACCAGAAGGAUACUAAUGUCCAGGUGCUGAUGGUGCUUGGGGCGGGCCGUGGACCUUUAGUAAACGCCUCGUUACGCGCAGCCAAGCAGGCCGACAGGAAGCUGCGUGUGUAUGCCGUGGAGAAAAACCCCAAUGCUGUCGUCACGCUGGAGAACUGGCGCUUUGAGGAGUGGGGCGACCAGGUGACCGUUGUGUCGUGUGACAUGCGGGAGUGGGCAGCUCCGGAGAAAGCGGACAUCAUCGUCAGCGAGCUGCUUGGAUCCUUCGGGGACAACGAACUGUCCCCUGAGUGCCUUGAUGGAGCACAGCACUUUCUCAAAGAUGAUGGGGUGAGUAUUCCAAGCUCGUACACCUCCUUCCUGGCUCCUCUGUCCUCAUCGAAGUUAUAUAAUGAAGUGAGGGGCUCACGGGAGCGGGACAAGGACCCAGAGUGCCACUUUGAGACGCCCUACGUCGUCAGACUGCACAACUUCCACCAGCUGGCUGACCCCCAGCCGUGCUUUACGUUCACACACCCGACUACAGACAUGAACAAUAAUAGGUACCAGUGCCUACGCUUCGCAGUGGGAUGUAACUCGGUGCUCCAUGGGUUCGCUGGCUAUUUUGAGACCACGUUAUAUAAAGACGUCAUGCUGAGUAUACGACCAGAGACUCAUUCCCCAGGAAUGUUCUCCUGGUUCCCCAUUCUUUUCCCACUCAAACAGCCAAUUUCAGUGGCAGGUGGCGAUCAUGUUUGCGUGAGAUUCUGGAGAUGCAAUAAUGGGAAGAAGGUAUGGUACGAGUGGGCAGUCACCGAGCCAACAUGUUCUGCCAUCCACAACCCCGCUGGGCGCUCUUAUACCAUAGGCUUGUGAAGACGGAGGAUGCACACUUAAACAUAUCAGACCAACACACACACAAAUACACACACACACAAAUACAGUACACACACACACAAAUACAGUACACACACACACACACACACACACAUACGUAAACAUGUUGUAAAUUAGUUCUGUGUGAAAAUGAGUCUCCCCUCCUGCUGUUCAGGCCCUACCUUCAGAGCAAUGGUGGGCAUUAUGAGUUUUCAGCUACCACUGAGAAUUCCUGUAAAUCCAAGGAUUGUUUCUGUUUAUUUGUUUGUUUGUUUGUUUUUAUUCAAAUGAAGGUCAUAGGUAAUUAUGAAAACUGGAUUUAGUUUGUCGGCACCAGAGAACAAAAAGUAGUAGAGAAGCAAGAGUGGCUUGACUUUUUUUUUUUUUUUUUUCUUCUUUCUGCUGUUCCGGUUUGUUUUUGAAGUACAACCAAAUCUGUAAGUUAGCUAUUAAUGACACACCGUAAAACUUCGAAUGUCACAUUCAAGUGUCACAAGAGCCAUAUUUUCUAAGGCGAUUUCUGUUUUGUGUUGUGUUCUGUACGAGUCAGCCACAUCCUUGGUGCUACAGGUUAGAGGGAGAUCUCAGAAACACAAGCCAGCUGAACCGACAGCCUUACCAGGCAUGCAUUCCACACUGAGAUGCCAUGCAAGUAUGUCAGUGCCACACUGUAGACACACAGCAACUCCCACAGAGAUUGAGCUUCCUGUGUCAGAAGAGGUCAGUUGAUGAUGGAGAAUCAGAAAACGACUGUCUGUUUCCCUUUUCUUCCCUUUUGUAUUUUGUGUUUACCACAAAACCACAAUUUCAACUAAAACCAGGAAAAAAUAUAUAAUAAAAUAACCCACGUUGAAAUUGGA